AUGCCCCAUCAAAAAGUCUACUUCGUCACUGGUGCCAACCGUGGUAUUGGUCUACAGAUAGUAACUCAGCUCUCUGCCAACUCAUCCAAUAUCGUAUACGGAACCGCGCGUGAUCUCGCUUCAGCUGCUGAUUUGAAAAAAUUGGCUUCCUCUCACUCCAAUUUCAAGCCAUUGGAGGCCGACGUUGUCAAGCCAGAGACAAUCAAGAACGCUGCAGAUGUGGUAGCCAAGGAACAUGGCUACGUAGAUGUGUUGAUCGCAAAUGCGGGUAUUGCAGAAUGCUAUUCCCCCAUCAAGGAUGUUAGUCUUGAUGAACUAUCUCGCCAUUGGGAAGUGAAUGCAAAGGGUUCUGUGAUCACUUAUCAGGCAAUCCGUCCACUGGUUGUCAAGUCCCAGGAGAAGAAGAUUGUUUUUAUCUCCUCAGUGGCAGGUUCCAUUGCUGGAUACUUUCCUCUCCCAAACCCAGCAUAUGGCUCGUCAAAAGCAGCUCUUAACUACAUCAUCAGGAGUAUCGCUGCCGAAUCUAAGGACGAAGGUCUGAAGGUGUUGGCUCUCCACCCAGGUAUGGUAACCUCCGACAUGGGAAAUUUUGGCCUCACUAAGGUUGAUAUCACUGGGAUGGAUAUUGUAUUGCUUACUCCAAAAGAGAGCGCUACCGCUGUGAUUGAACAAAUUGAAAAGUUUGAGGAAACUGAUAAGUUCUUGGGCUAUGACGGCACCACCGCUCUUUGGUAA